AUGGAGAGUAUCGUUGCAAGAAAACGAGUUCAAAUGAAAGCUGGAGACGAAUUAUUAAAUAAAUAUCAACAGGAUUGGAAAAUGCUUCACGAAAAUGCGGUUUCUGCCGCAUUUAAAGCUAAAAAAGUGGACGUAUUGGUUAAAGAAGCGUACGGAAGAGUUACAAAUAAUGGUAUUCAUAUAGAAAAGUUGUGUAAGCAUAUUAACGGUUUGGUUAAUAUGUUAGAUGAUGUUGAAAACAUAUCUACCAAUAUUGCACGUUUGGAAGGCUCCUUUGAGGAAGUAUCUACCGUUAUAACAGCGUUUGAAAGCAUAUGUCAACAGCACAGUAUAUGUGCAGAACAGCUAAAAGAAAUGGAAAACCUGAACCAACUAAAGCUACAGAAACGCUUAGAGUUAGAGGAAAGGAAAGAAGUUCUGGCCAAAGAUCAUAGCACCAAGCUUGCUAAGGUCAAAUCUAAGCAUCCAGAGAUUUUUCAGAGCAGGCAAGAAGCUUUAAAACAAGCAUUGGCUGGAAAUGAAAGCUUUGAAUAA